CAGUUUCGUUCUUUACUGUAUUCUGUACCUGUCAUACAUGCUGCAUCUCGAAUACACUGCUUAUGAUCAUUAUCACAUGGACCACAGAUCACUUAAACUGAACCUUUUGGGGCCUUUUGAAAACAGAACUCACCUUGCACGUUAUAUUCAGUUGUUUCGUGAAAUUGUCAUCAAGCCUCCUCAAAUAAAAUACAAAUUCCCACCACCUCAAUCGUUAUGAAAGGCAUUCAUUCGGUUCAAAAUUUAAAAGAUGAUUCCAAAAUUGGUGAGCAGACGUGGUAUAAAAUUCCGACCAAGAACAAAUCUCUAAUUGUAAAACUUAAUAACUACCAAUCAAAACACAAUAAAAUAUCAAUAUACGGUUGAUUUCAAGAUUUUCUGAUGGCUACAGAGUUUACUGACGAAGUUGUUCAUGGAAUUACUUGUGAAUCAAAGAGUUCAAGGGAUAAAUCGUUUGCUGAAGCACAAAUGCAAAGUGAACCAUAUAAAAUUUACCACCGUGGUACGCAGUCCAAGAGGUAUCGAAGCCAAGAAAUUCAAACAGAUUGGUUUCAUCAAGACAAACUAUUGCACAACACUGAUAUAGACACAGUUGAAUGUAAUACAGAAACAAAGCUGAUUUAUUUUCUUACAAAAAUUGAACCAAUCAUUACAAGGGAACUAGAAAAGAAUAUCAACUGUAAAGCAUUUCAACGACUAAAAUUCAAAAGAUUAUUCAAUAAAGUUAAUGCAACAGAAAAGUAUACUUUUACUUUGGAUGAAGCAAACGAGAACCGAUUGUCUGUUACAGGAUUAUCAUGGAAUUCAACUGGAGCACUGUUGGCGAUAGCAUAUGGAUCACUGUGUCAUUUAGACUGGUGUACACAUCUUGGAUACGCAGCUCUUUGGAAUAUGACAAGUGAUCCAGUGACAUUUAAUCAUCCUAAGCAUAAAUAUAUCACUAAUAACUGCCUAAUGUGUAUAAAAUUUCAUCCAACAAUCCAAUCUUUAUUAGCUGGAGGAACAUAUACAGGAGAUCUAGUCAUCUGGGAUCUUGCCCAUGGAAGUGAUCAUAUGUUAGCUAAUAUUACAGGCAGAAAAACUGGUCAUAAAGAUUGUAUCAAUCAGAUUGGUUGGAUAACAAAUUGUCUGCAAUCACAUGUUCAUAAUUUAAAUACUCUGAAUAAUAUACAUUCCACAAAUUGUCGAUUACUAACUGCUGGCAGCGAUGGUCGAAUUAUAUGUUGGCAGAUUGAUUUAUGUCGUUCGCAAAUGGUAAACUGUGUUAAAAUUUUUCAGAUAAGAAACAAAGAUCAAACGUCACUACCAAUAUACAGUUACUCAAGUUCACUGAGGAAUUCAGCUUACUUUCGAUCCACUUUGUCGGAAUCAAACAGUGAAAAACCUGUAAAUAUUACUUGUCUUUCACUAUCUAAGAGCGAUCCAGACAAGUUUGUUGUUGGUACUGAAAUUGGUGGCUUACUGGUUUGUGAGAUUGAUUCUGUCAACUGGGAUGCAAGUAACCAGGAGGUCGUGGAUGAGUGUAUGCCAUCGCCGGUUAAAUUUUCGCUAGCUCGUCACAAUGGUCCAAUUUAUUCAGUAGACUGGAAUGCAUUCUACCCAAACCUUAUUCUUGUAUGCGGAUUGAAUCAAGGUGUACAGCUAUUUAGUGUUUUACAAAACUCACCUUUAAUAAAUAUUGAUCCAGGUGAAGGAUCUGUACUUAUCGCCAAAUUCUCACCAUAUUUAUCAAAUAUCUUCAUAUGUAUCACUGAAUGCAAUUCUAUACUGAUAUAUGACCUAAUUGGUGAUGGAACGGUUGUAUCAGUUAUUACAAUGCAAAACAAUAUUCAUACAGAGAAAGAGUAUAAUUUUCAACCCGUGCUGUUGUAUUCACUGACAUCUCAGGGACAUAAUGAAGAUCAAGGUGCCAUUAUAAGUGCAGAAUUGAAUCAUAGAGAUUCCAGACUCUUAGCUACUGGAAGUACUAAUGGAAACACCUAUAUCUGGGAUCUUGGCACUUUGAUCAAAGAAUUAUCACCAAAAGUAACCAUCUGAUUUAUUUAUACUCUAAUUAGAAAUGAGUGAAAAUGAAAAUUAUUAUCUACACUCAACUGACUGUUACAAUAUUAAAUACUCCGAAGUAUUAUUUAAUUAAUGCAUAUAUGCAGCAUAGCCAAAGCAUAAACUGAAAUUUGUUUAUAGCAGAACCAAAUAAAUGUAUCGCUCAACAUGUACAUAUCG